AUGCUCAUCAUCAAAGUAAUUGUAUUUCUUAUUUUCAUUGGUGGAUCAUUGACAACGCAGCAAAUUGCUCAGAAGAAAGCAUUGCUUGAAAUAAUCUUUGUAGUUGAUGGAUCGGGAUCAAUUAGAAAAGAAAAAUUUGCAAUAGUGAGGGAAUGGGUUUCCAUUGAAGAUUCAAAAAAGUUUGUUAUUCCAUUUGUGCUGGGAGAAUGCGUGAAUAAUGUAUCCUGUUUCACACCAAGGAUUAUGAACAUGCCAUACUUGAAUUCGGCAACUUAUACUCACUAUGCACUAAGGAGAGUAAUGGAGGUGGAAUUUCCAAAAUCUCGGAAUUUAAACAUUUCCAAGAAAGCAGUGAUUGUGGUGACUGAUGGUGAAGCGAAUGAUGGUGCUAAACUUCGUGAUUGGCAUUACAAAUACAAAGAUGUAGUGACAACGAUUGUAGUAGGAGUUGGACAAGAUGGAAAGUUUUUGAACCAAUUGCAAAAUAUCGCAAACGGUGGCACGGGAAACGACAGAGUAUUUACCUAUCAGGAUUUCAGUGCACUACGUGAAAAUUCUUCCGAUAUUAUUACUGCUCUCACCAAUUCAAUAAACCUGGUAUGGAGUUUCUGGUCGCCGUGUUCAGCAUCGUGUUCACCUGGUAUUCAAAUGCGAACAAAGACGUUUAAAAAUGCUACAAGGACAUUGAGUGGAAGUGCAUUUAUAAAUCAGACAAAAGCAUGCAACGAAGAUUUGUGCGCGCUCUACUAUGACAAUGACUUGCGAUGUGCAGGCCCUGGUAUCAUUCCUACCCAGUGCUCUGUGGAUGCAUUCAGAAAAUUUCUACUGAAGAAUGUUAAUUGGGACGAAAUAGGACAAGUUGAAAGUAAGUGUCUUAUGUUCUCCGAUGGUGCAAUUUAA